CCCAUCCCGCUCCCGCAUCCCUCUCUGUGACCAUUCCAGCCCCAUCCCACCCCGGACCGGUGCAGGAUGUGUCCCCUGUGGCUGGGCGUGGCCAGCCUGUGCCUGGGGACACUUUGGGCUGUCCCAGCCAAGGAGAGGAGAAAGGCGGACAAACCCAAAUCUGACCUGACUCUCUACGAAAACCUGGAUUUGGACAACUACGACCUGACCCUGGAUAACUACGGCGAGAUCCUGGACCUGAGCAACUACGAGGAGCUCUACGACUACGGGGACCUGGCUCCGAAGAUCGAGGUUGGCACCUUGGCUCCUCGCCCCAAAGACCCCGAAACCCUCCCGGACCUGGGUUUAGCUACGGCUGGAACCCCAAAACUGCAGCACCCGACCGGCGCUGGUCCCGUCCCCGCUGCACCCAUCCCCGGGCAGGCGCUGCCCAGCUGCCUGCUGUGCCUGUGCCUGGGCACCUCUGUGUACUGCGAUGACGCUGACCUGGAGCACAUCCCGGCGCUGCCCCCGGACACCGCCUACCUGUGCGCCCGCUUCAACCGCAUCGGGACCAUCCGCGCCGGGGACUUCAGCGGCCUCGCGAAGCUGAAGCGCAUCGACCUGAGCAGCAAUUCCAUCUCGUGGGCGGACGCGGACGCGUUCCGGCUGCUGCCCAGCCUGCAGGAGCUGCUGCUGCCCGAGAACCGCCUGACGGCGCUGCCCGAGCUGCCCCGCAGCAUCGUCCGCCUGGACGCGCGUCUGAACCGCAUCCCCAGCGCCGGCCUGCGCCCCGAGGCUUUCCGGGACCUGAAGCAGCUGCAGUUCCUCCAUCUCUCCGAUAAUCAGCUGGAUUUUAUCCCGGUGCCCCUUCCCGAGAGCCUGCGCUCCCUGCACCUCCAG